CCCUCCACUGUAAACCCAAAUAUUCCAUCCAUCCAUCCAUCCAUUUUUAAUACCGCUUAUCCUGAAGAGGGUCGCGGAGAGUUGUGGGAGCCUAUCCCCGCUGACUUUUGGUGGGAGGCAGACUACACCCUGAACUGGUUGCGAGCCAGUCACAGGGCACACAUAGAGACAAUGAAUGCAUUCUACUUUGCACCCAAAUUGGUAAAGUGUGGUUGAAUUACUCAUGUCGUGCAAGAAAACAUUUAAAUUCAUGUCCAUUGUACUUGAAAAUUUUAAGUGGAAAUAACAUUUGGCUUGACAGUGUUUAAUGGGCAGUUUAAGUUGAGUGACACACUAUUGUCACUAUCGCUUGUGGACUGGAUGGGCAGCUGCGAGGGCACCAGUUCGCCUCUUGCAGACUCCCCCCAAGUCAAGACAGUUGCACUGAACGGACUGAGCGACUGCACUGAUUGCGCUCCAUGGGAAACUGAGAAGACACCGUCUACCUCAAAUCAUCAACACGUCAUAUAAUGUUUCAGCCUAGGCCCCUCCCCCUGUCUCCUUUCCCCCUUCGCUCAACCUCUCCUUUGACUCUUGGACAGAGGCGGCACAACAGUGGUGCACGGACCGCGGAGGAGACAGGCAGAAGAUGACUGACUUAGCCCGACACGGCCAGCCCUCGGCGGCAUCACCAGCUUCAAACGGGUCGCUCAGAAGCUCCAAGACAUCCGCCGUCUGGCGAGUGUAAACUCGCUGCCUCUCGUCCCUGCUCCUUGCAUCCACCCCCACCCUCCCCCCACCCCCCACCGCCACCGCAAAUAUUGACAGAAGUAUCAGCGAGAAAACAUGGCAGAGAUGGAAAAAGAGGGCAGACCUCCGGAAAAUAAAAGAAGCCGAAAACCAGCUCACCCGGUGAAAAGGGAGAUUAAUGAAGAGAUGAAGAGUUUUGCAGAGAACACCAUGAACGAACUGCUGGGGUGGUAUGGCUACGACAAGGUGGAGCUGAGAGAUUCGGACAACUUGGAUAUAGGCGAAACGCCACAGCACAUCUCUGUCCUUAAAGAAAACUUGUUGCCAAAAAUUCAGACUUCAAGACGGAGCAACGAUGUGUCUCCGGAUUUAGCCAACAGCUCUCAGUGUCUGCCAAACUCCAGAAACGGAGUCUCAGAACACCCCACCGCACCCUCCACCUCGACAACCAGCACCAAGGAACGUGGCAGCCAGCCCGUCACUGUCCCAGUGUUACCCCCGCCACUGAUCAAGCCACCAAAAGAUGAAGAUGCAACCAGCGUACAGAUCAUAUGCGCCUGGUGCCAGAAAAUCGGUGUCAAACGCUACUCUCUGAGCAUGGGGAGUGAGCUGAAGAGUUUCUGCAGCGAGAAGUGCUUUGCCGCCUGCCGCAGAGCCUAUUUCAAGAGGAACAAGCUGGGAUGUUUAAGGAGUUACACUGCGAGAGACGACGAUGGCCUCGGUGGGAAAUUACUCCAGCACAGCUUUACUCAGGACACGCCCAGGCUUGUCUUCAAGACAAACAGCGAUGUGCUUGUAUGUGACUGGUGCAAGCAUAUACGCCACACUAAAGAGUAUCUCGACUUUGGGGCUGGCGAACGACGGCUGCAGUUCUGCAGUGCCAAAUGCCUGAACCAAUAUAAGAUGGACAUUUUUUAUAAGGAAACACAAGCAGCACUGCCUGGAGCUCUCUGUAACCCCGGACAUGGGGUUGGAGGCGAGGGUAAGGCAGAGUGCAUUGGUGGUGUACAGCUGCUCACCCCUGAAUCCUGGGGUACACCAAUACCGGACAUUCGCCGUAAAGCUCCCUCACCUGGAGGCCCCCCCAACUCUUCAGCUCCUUGUACUUCAUCUGUCACAUCGUCUUCAGAUGUUCUUUGUUCUCCAUCCUCCUCUUCGUCCUCUGCCAAGAUCCCUACACCUCGACCCCAUGAGAGCCCGACACUCCCACCCCCUCCCAUACCCACUUUGCAUCCAGCGGUUGGGGUUCCUUCAGGGAGUCCUCCAAUGGUGAUGACUCCCCGUGGGCCAAUGCCUUUGCCUCUCUUUAUGGAACAUCAAAUGAUGCAGCAGAUCCGUCCGUCAUUUCUUCGUCCAUCUGUCCAUCCAGGCGGACCCAACAGUCCCCUGUCAAACCCUGUCAUCCCUGGUAUAGGUCCCCCACCUCCUCCCAGGACUCUUGGUCCUACUUCUAGCCCCAUGCACAGACCCAUGAUCUCCCCUCAUGUCCAUCCCUCAUCCAAUCCCAAUGCUGGCAUCAUGCCUCCCCACCCUGGUCUCCACAUGCCGGGAUUCCCUCCUUUCCCCUCAGUCAACAUUAUGCCCAAUGGACCCAUUCCUUUGCCAUCAAUGAUGAAUUAUGGCAUGCCAUCCUUAGCUCCAUUAGUACCACCACCAACCCUUUUAGUCCCUUAUCCUGUCAUUGUACCCCUUCCAGUCCCAAUUCCUAUUCCAAUUCCAAUCCCUUUCAACCCAAAAUAUUCCAGCACCCAACCAGAAAACGGUGACCCUCUCUCUAGUGCACCUUUGUCUGCAGAUGUUUCAGCAUCUGGGCUAUCAAAGUCUCCAGGAUCAUCAGGAGGCGAGAAAGGGAAAAAAAGAGAAGAUCCUGAUGGUGUCGAGUGUCUUUCUCCUGGAUGCUCAGAUCGAAACUGGUCGUCAGUGAUGAACUUGACUGUGAAGGAAGAGGAUACUAUGAGAAACUUAUGCUCAACUGUUGACACUGGACAGCUGGAAGGAGUUAUUGAUCUAACUAUAAGCCAGACACCAUGCCAACAGAACGUCAUUCAGAGGAUUUUGCCUAAGGUGCAUGUUAAAGUAGAGGCAGAGGUUGAGUCAAGAUCUUUAUUGGAUGUUGGGCUUGAACAGGAAGUCAAUGGAUGUCACAAUCUUCUGGAAAGGGCCGCAUUACAGCAACCUCUCAGUAAUACUGAGCUGUUUGCAGCCAACGCCUUGGAAACACUGGAAACAUCAAAUUCACCAUCCAGGAAAAAUAGCUCUUCUUUUAUCGCUCCUAGUGAAACCGACAUUACUCUAUCACCUGCUCCCAGCACACCAAGCACCCAACCCCAACUUCUCCCACAUAUUCAAACCAACCCUGCUGUCUCAUGUAAUGUCAUUGUCAAUGGUACAGCGUGGCAUUCACUUCAUACUCCUAAUUUAAAAUUGGACAGAUCAGGAGAUGGCUUGACAUCAGAGGAAAACGUAAGGGAGCACCCAGCAAAUGGUGAGUUGGAACAGGAAGCCCUAAAAGAGAACAAUUGUUCCAUGAGAGAAUGGGAAUCUGGUAAGCGUGGCUCAAUGCAAGACCAGAUGGUAGAGGCCAGAGAAAGUAAGCCAGACCCUGACUCCAACUCGGAGGAGGGUGAACAUGCUUACACCCUGCCACUGCUAUCAACUGGGGGUUGUGUGGUUAUCCAGCCUGUGCCAAAGCCUGGCACUGAGAAGACAGCCAUCCUUUCCUGUUCCAUCAGUGCACCACUAUCAGCUGCUGGGAGCCCUGAGCUGGAGCCCCCAAUGAAGAGGAGGUGUCUGCGAAUCCGCAAUCAAAACAAAUAAGAUGGAUACUCCAAGGACCGUCGUGCCAUCCAUGCCAGAACCCCCACUGCAUACACACUCACAAAGGUGUCCUUGUGAGUCUCCAGUAUCCAGUGUACCAGCAUCGCAACUCGCCUUUGACUCCUUCAAGUCAAUAAAAUCUGCAUGUCAUAGAAAAGAUGACAGCACUCUCUUGGUCCAUGUAACUGAUGGUAUCAUGGAAAGUCUUGAGGAAGCUGUCAAUGGGACCACCUGACAGCAAAUCUCAAUGCACAACGGGCCCAAGAACACAAACUCAACAAUAGUCCCUGUUGAUUCAGGUGUUCUCUCCAUUGUCUAUUAUCUGUAGAGUGCACCAUGGUUUGUGUGCAAAGCUGUUUGGGAUGUUUGUGAAGGGGGUCAUUAUUUUAUACAGCACUGCACUGUGGUUCAUUUGGAGACAUACAAGACAUAUGAAAUCAUGGCUGCGGUGUGUUACUAUAGCGUCACUCAUUUCCAAAAACAGAAUUGUUGCCCUCUCUCUUAGGCUUUAUUAUGACAACCAGAAAAGUGCACUUGGCAACACAACACUAUGCUUUCUGAUUUUGAUGCGAGUGGCCGCAAGCAUCAACAACAUUGUGAUUGCAUGCUAACGAAUGAGUUUACCUGAUUAUUAACUCAGCAAAUACAACAUCAUGAUGUUGUGCAACCUCUGCUUUUAUCGGUUGCCUUUCAUUUGUUUUGUUUGAAACAUCACAGAAUUCAGUGAAUUACUACAGACCCCUGCUGUUUGAGAGCUGUGAAAGCAUGUCAGCCUGUAAUGGGGAAAUUACACCGCAGGCUCUUUUUUAAAUAAUACAUUAGCAGUGUCGUUACUGUCAUGGGGCAUUUUGAGACUUUUGCUCAGAAUUGAGACAGUCCUGAGAGAAGCCAGCUAUCAUGAAUAAUUCUCCUCGCACUUGCUGAGUAAAACAAAACACAACAAAAAUGUCAUGAACAAGAAUAAUCACACACAAGCCAAUUUAAAUAUUUGCCUCAUGUUGCCUUUUGUCCCCCCAGAAGCAUUUAUUUGUUAAUGUAUGUUUAUCAUCAAAUUGAAGAACCAGCACCAUCCAGGAUCAUGCAUUGAGUUUAGACUUAUACUGCAAGGGAACAUUGCGCCUGGGGGAGGAAAUAAUGCAUUAUCAUAUGCCAUUGGCACCUUGCUAAACUGGAAAAAAAUAGACUGAUAAAUCUGAAUUGCCAAAAUAGCAAGCACUUCUCAUAAAAUUAAUUGCCCGCUACAUGUGACAUUACUAAUAAGCUUACAUUUUACUUUUUGUCAUGUUGAAGCUUAUAUAUGCCCAAAUGAGCCCAGCAUUUGUGGGUCUUGCUUAUUCCUGGAAUUGCAAUAUGCACUAGUAUGCAUCCUCAUACAGUAAACGCCGUAAACUUCAUUUUGUGUGUGGGAGGUGAGGGGGAGGUGGGUGGAAGCAGCAGUGGAGAUUGCAGCCUGCAAUCAUCUGUUGCCUGUUAGUCAUGCGUUUAGCUUCACGUAGCUGCUUGCCAAGACCUUGUUUUGGUGUCACUUGAAGCAUUUCCUUUCACUUCUCUCCAAUCAGUGUCAACGCCAGUGAAAAAGUGUUCUGAAGCUGCUCUUAUCAGCUUGUUUCGACCAUGUGCUUUUCCAGUCUUCUAUGAAACACCACCGUGUUCAUAAUCAUUUGUAACUUGAUCAUAAGAGAGAUGAAACAUUUGAUUUUGCCCAUUUAUAUAACUGCUGCUUGAAAAUGAUUUCAACAUACUGUCCAUUAUGAUUUGGUUUUGUAUCAAACUCGGUCAAUCAGUGGUUUUGAGGGCCACCUACAGCAAGGGACUCUUAAGGUUUCAAACCAUUUUUGUACGCUAGUUUCAGAAGCAAAAACAAUGUAUAGAGUACUGCGUAUGCUAAAAGUGAAAGGCCGCGAGACAUUCCAAGAGCAAGAGGACAUACAUCAAAUAGUGAAGGUGUUCCACAUGGCAUUUUAGAUUGAUCCAUGUUAGUCCUGUCAUCAUUUGGGUGGAAUGAUGAAUGAUACACUAUUUACUUUAAUCACAGAAUGGACCUCUCCAAUAAAGACACCCUGAGGAAAAUAUUUCCCCUCUACAUGAGAUGCACAAAACAUAAGGCAAAAAAAAUUAAAAUUAAAUAUAAAAAACAGCCAGUGGUCUGGAUUAAUAAUGUGAACCCUCCAAAGGUUGACACACAGUCCUUUCGACACCAUUGAUUUAUACGUGCAAUAUUCAAAAUCGACUUUUAUAAAUUAUUACCAAGGUCAAACUGUUGCUGUAAUAACACUUUCAUGAACUCUCCGGGCACUGUUCAAACUAACAUUUUACAUUACGCGCACUGCAUUUCACUUUUUUACACUCUCGGUCACAUACAUACACACACAACAGGGUCGUAGGGAGUUCAGGUGGAAGGCAGACUACACUCUCAACUGGUUGCCAGCCAAUCACAGGGCACACACUGACGAACAACCAUUCGGGCUCACACUCACACCUAGGGACAAUUUCAAGUGUUCCAUUGACCUCCCACACAUGUUUUUGGAAUGUGGGAGGAAACCUGAGUACCCGGAGAAAACCUACGCAGGCACGAGGAGAACAUGCAAACGCAACACUGGAAGGCCCCAGCCGGAAUCGAACCCUGCACCUCUGCACUAUGAGGCCAACGUGCUAAUCAGUGGACUGGAUCAAUGAUAUGUGAAUAUAUACAUAUAUAAAUGAUAAUUGUUCACUUGCAGUAUGUUGACAUGUUGUGCUGAGAUGUCAGGACAGAGGUACCAUAUGUGUACAGUGCUUUCAUUGCCACGCAAACACUACUUGACAGUUAGUUUAUAAUGUAUUUCCGGUUUCAUGGUCGUCAUCACAUUUACUGUUUGCUUUUAAACUUUUUGUGAAGGCAUGAAGAAAAGCCAAAGAAAAGCCAAAAUCACUUGUGAAUUUUCUGCUCAGUGAGCUAUAGUUGCACAAGAUUUGUUGAGGUGUUGCCCGAGUGCAUGCCGGCCAUUCAACUUCUUUGGAAAUUUGUGCUACUUUAGAGAUAUAUUUUCCCCCGAAUUUCAUAACUAUACACCUUAAGGUGUGUUCAACCUUGGAGGUUUAACUGUAUUAUCAACUCGUUUUGCUGAGCAUACAUUACACUCUCGCGGGAAUAUGACUGUGUCCAAAUGGUGAACAAUCUUUUUACUCAAAAUUAUAAUUAUGUCAUGCCCUCUAAAGUUCCAAUCAAUGUGCUAAGAAGUCGCAGCUCAACUUAUUUUCAAUCGGGAAGUGAGAGAGGUAAAUAUUUCAAAUAUGGACUUACACAUCCAAAAAUGUACUCUGAAAAAAUAGGAUUGUUGACAUUGCAGUUCAUCUUUGCCCCAUCACGUGUCAUGUAAUUUUACGUUCCUGUGGGUUAAAUCACAACCUGUAGUCAAAUAGUCUAUCUACUGUUCCUCCUUUUUAACUUAUAAAAACACAAGCAUGCAUGCUCCCCCCGCCCCCCAAAGAACACAAUUUAUAGUUAGCCUGAUGUUUAUUUGCACAAUGUUGUGGUGCCAUUGUAAAAGCUAAGAUGCUGACAAUAUUGAAGUGUCAUUAUGACAUUGAAAUGCCGCUUCACUGAAUCAUUGUUGUUUGUGAUGACAAACAAAAAAAAAAUAUCAAGGAGUUUAGAUGCUAAACUGCAGGCUGGGCCCAUCGCUAUGAAUUAUGCAAUGACAACCAACCCUAAAAAAGACAAGAAAUCAAAAACGUAAACUGUUUCAUCAAAAACAACAGAGAAGUUGCCUUAUCUCUUGCUUGAAUAAUCGCUACAAUUAAGACAAUGAUACUCACACUCUGCAGAGGACUCUCACUCUUUCUUUGUACUAAAGGAAAUUGACAAGAAACAACAACUUUGUUCUCUUGUGUCAUUGUAUAGAUGAUCAUGUUUUUUUCUGUAACCUGUAUGAAUUGUCCUACGUUUGCUCUCGACCCAAACAUCCUUGUUACAAAUCAUCUGGAUUACCUAGUGGUGACAAGUCAACCUUUAUGUGUACAUUUUCGAUUAUUAUUUAUUGUUGACCUGGUUUGCAUUUACAAAUAACAAAAAAAAAAUGAAGAAGGUUUGAUCUAAACCUUCAGUUUCAAUGUGAAUGUUUGGAGAGCAAUGAAAAUCUUUUGUAAUUAUUAAAAUGGUGCAUACAACAGUAUGAGAUCUUUUUAUGAUGUGGCCGAAGUUACUUUGAAAGUAACUUUUUUUGUGUUGUAACAUGAGUAUUUGUUAAUGAACUGCUUAUGAAAAAUAAAUAAGAGGCACACACA